GCUCGCGCUUAUAGGCGUCGGAUUUUAGAGCGAAGUGACAGACUGGAAUCGAGAGAUAAGGGAGGGAGACCGCGCGGAUCACACUCAUCUGCUAGAGGAAGCCUAAACCGUUUCAGCUAUCGGACUUUUUUUUUUUUUUUUUUUUUUACUAUGAGAAAGGAUGCUGGAUGAGGCACCAGGGGAGAGACAUUCCCUCAUCAUCCGGAUUCGAGUCAGCACGCGCCCCGUUUAAUUUUGUCUAGAUAGGCUCGCGCGUAAAAAAGAAAGGAAACGAGAGAGAGAGUGAGAGUGUGUGUGAGAGAGAAGGGUAGGGAAGAAUGUUCCGAGGAUGAUUUCAGCUAAGAAAACUCCAGAGAAGAGCCGCUACCGCCUCCAUUAUCUCGUUUGGCACAACAAACACCGGCAGUUGGAGAAAGAGCUCUCGGCGAGCGAGCAGGUGGACGUGGAGGUGGUAGACCCUCACGGUCGCACUGCUCUGCAUCUGGCUGUGACCCUUAGCCACCUGGAGUGUGCCCGAGUGCUACUGCACUAUGGCGCCGAUGUCAGCAAAGAGAACGGCAACGGCUGGACAGUUUUGCAGGAAGCCAUCAGCCUGCGUGACGCUGAGCUGGUGCGGUUGGUGUUGUGUCACCGAGACUAUCAGCGCACGAUGAAGAGACUGGCAGGCAUCCCAAGACUACUAGAAAGACUUCAACAGGCACAAGACUUUUAUGUGGAGAUGAAAUGGGAGUUUACAAGCUGGGUGCCACUUGUGUCUCGAAUCUGCCCAAGCGACACAUAUCGAGUGUGGAAAAGUGGCCAGUGCCUUCGAGUAGACACAACACUCAUGGGGUUUGAGCAGAUGACUUGGCAGCGCGGCAACCGCAGCUUCAUCUUCAAGGGACAAGGUGACAAUUCCAGCGCCAUGGUUAUGGAGGUGGACCAUGACAGACAGCUGGUGUUCUGUGAGACACUCCCAUGUAUCCCUUCCUCUCCCUCCUCACGACUUCAAAGCAGUGCUCUUAGUCUAUUGGGUGUUCUACAGCCCACUGAUGAGCAGGUUGCUGCCCGGCUCUCUGCCCCAGUGGUCACAACGCAGCUAGACACCAGGAACAUCGCUUUUGAAAGGAACAAGACGGGCAUUCUCGGCUGGCGAAGUGAGAAAACAGAGGUGGUGAAUGGCUAUGAAUCCAAGGUGUACUGCGCCUCCAAUGUAGAGCUGAUCACCCGAACACGGACUGACCACCUCACCGAACAGCACAAAGCCAAACCCAAAAGUAGUAAAACACCACUGCAGUCCUUCCUGGGCAUUGCAGAGCAGCAUAUGGGAACUAACAAUGGGCAAACAAUGGUGACCCAGAUGUCAUGCCCUGUGAUGAACAGCAGAACCAUGACAGCGGAGGAAUAUUUUAAUCCAAAUCUAAGUCACCACCACAGAGAUAUUGGUCAGCCUUGCCAUCUUACCACCAAAACACAAAGGUUCAAAGCCAAGCUGUGGCUGUGUGAGGCCCAUCCUUUAUCCCUGGCUGAGCAAGUGGCUCCCAUUAUAGACCUCAUGGCCAUCUCUAAUGCCCUGUUUGCUAAGCUCAGAGACUUCAUCAACCUGCGUCUGCCUCCAGGCUUUCCCAUUAAGAUAGAGAUCCCCAUCUAUCACAUCCUAAAUGCACGCAUCACCUUUGGGAACCUGAACGGCUGUGAAGACGGGGGAGUGGGCCGAACAGAGGGAGAUGUGGUUGGACAGAAAGACAGUCCCAGGACAGAGACACCAUCUCCCGGCAGUGACUCAUCCAGUGUGUCAAGCUCCAGCUCGACUAAUUCAUGCCAUGGGGGUGAAAUUCCAGCAUCUGUAUUUGAAGCACCACGAGGUUACAGCAUUCUUGGAGGAAACCAGAGAGAAGCCAUGCGUGAGGAGGAGGAUGACCUGCUACAGUUUGCCAUUCAGCAGAGUCUGCUAGAAGCAGGGUCUGAGUACGACCAGGUGACAAUUUGGGAGGCCCUGACAAACAGUAAGCCAGGAACUCAUCCCCUCUCUUGUGACCCCAGCCGUCUGGAAAGAACUCCACAACAUAAGUCCAGCCCUGACUCCAGCACAGGCAGCACACCAACCAAUGAGGCGCCACACAGCUACGAUGAGCAGCUACGGCUGGCAAUGGAGCUGUCAGCACGUGAACAGGAAGAGGCGGAACUCCGGCAGCGACAAGAGGAAGAGGAGCUUCAGCGCAUCAUACAGCUGUCACUCAUGGAGAAGUGACAGGAAUAUAAGCAAGCCAAAAAAAUUCUAAUAAAAAAAAAAUAUCCAGGGGUAGGAGAGCAUAUGCAGCGAUAGUCAACCGUGAACUGCAAUUCUCUCCUCUCCCGUGUUUAGCCACUUCUCCUCCAGCAGCCUGUUUAAAGCUCAAGGAUCCAACGGUCCAAUAUUCACAGAGAUCUGUCUCUGGCCAUUUUUUUUACAAGUUUACAACCACAAUCUACUCAGCUCAUGGGCAGUCAACUGACAGACAUCAGACAAGUGUAUAUUAUUCAGCAGACCUGUACUCUUGUUUCUUUUCAGGCAAUUCAACAGAGCUCACAGCUCUGUCAGGGAUCUAAGCAUCUCCCAUGAAGCCAUUUAUUUAGCCAUUUAGGAAUCCAGUGUUCCUAAAGUGCUCCUCACACUAAGACUCAAGUCCUCCCAGAGAGUGCCCAGGGAGAGAGGUUUACGGUAAUCUGUUGCAUAAUUUUUUUUUUCAUUGAAUUAAAUAAAUUAGGUUUGGUUUUCAUUUGCACAAAAUUCAACUGCACUCCUAUAAGAAGAGGUGCCUGUUAAUGAAAUGUGUACAUGUAGUGAAUGUCUGCCUCACAUACUGCAGAGGCCGAGUUAGUCUGUUGACUACUACUCAAAAUGCACGAUGGAAACAGCAUGAUCCCGUCUUCAUUUUUGCACCUCAUGUCUGCACAGCUUUAUUUAAUUUAUUUCAAUGAUUAAGCGAAUGUUUUUAAUUGAAAGAUGUGAAAAUGCAAUUGUGUGGUCACUAAGAAGUGUGAAUAAUAUUGUAUGAAAUUAGUCAGAGGUUUCUGGUCUUUUUCAGGACGGUAAUUAGGUAAAGCAAGUGUACUCAAUAAUAAAUUAGAUCCUCAUUGCAAUAUUUAUAUUUUGUGUCAUAAAUACAAUUUUAAACAGAUCAGAAAGCAUAUGUUAUAUUGUAUGUUUUAUACUCAAUAUGGUGCUACUGUAAUGUCAUUUCCAUGUAAAAAUCUAUAGUAUGUUGUUUUCUGUAGGAUUCAACAGCUAAGCUCGCCACCCUUUUCAGUUUCUUGUCUGGCUUCCACGCAGUGUGUCCCGACCCAGGCAUUCAGAAGCCUAUAGAAUCCUUUGCCCUAACAUGGCACUGGAGCUCCUGCUUCAUCCAAUCACUGUACCAUCUGUUGGCAGUAAGGUCCAGUCAGUUGCACCAAUGCAGGGAGAAGAGAGCAAGGGCUAGAUCCUCUGAUCCAGAUGCAGUCUCAUACUGGAUAACACAUACUGUAUCUUUAAUGGAGAAUCUCUAAUCAGAGUCUUUCUCCUUCUGUUUUGACAAUCUGGGUCUAAGUGACUGGCAACAAUUGUAUACUAAUUGCAAAUAAUACUGACACAAGAUUCCUUUUAAGCACAAUUCAACACAAAGCAGUUGGGCUUGGUGACUAUAGCCAGUUAAGAAAUGACUAAAGGGCUGUCCAGCAGCAUAGAACAUUAGAGGGAACAUGUGUAUAUUUAUCUGUAGAGUUAUAAAGGCAAUUAAGCAUAUUAAGAGAGAAGUGAUUAUAAGGAUCCAGUUAUACAGAAAUGCUUGAUGUGGUUAUCAUUAUUAGUAAACCAACAUAUUUCACUGUUUUAUUAUUAUUAUUAUUAUUAUUAUUAUUAUUAUUAUUUGCACCUGAUAUGAAUGUGGAGUGUCACUAUGGUGUCUGUAUGAUGUGAAAGAACUCACAACAACGCUGCUCAAAUUUGUAACCUCAAAAAAGAUUGAAUAAAAGAAGAAAUAUCUCACUGAGUAGAGAAUCUUAUGUGGAUGCCAUUAACAGUAGAGGAUUAGAAUGCCUUUUGAUACAAAUGAAAAAGCAUCUUAUGUUAGAAAUUUUGAUACACACGGCCUUGUCAGAAACAUCACACUAAUUCAAUUGCCUUUAGCUUUGAUUACGGUGCGCAAUGUGGUGGCAGAUUCACGUGUGAAAAGAAUUUUUCAUGCUACUCUUUCACAGUUUAAAUCCUGGAAUAUACUU